AUGUUACUUAGAAAUGCUGUGGCAGCCUCCAAAAAUGCCAACUGUGAAACAUUCUUAAACUGUUCCACCACGAUCAUCCCCUUCUUCCACUUCAGAAAACAUAAAGUCCCUUUGGUAGAAUCGUCUUCAGAAUCCAACAGCUCCGACCAACCAGAUAGCACACCUGAAGAAGACUUGCUCUGUUCAAAUUUAAAUGCUCCAACUACAUCCGAGUUCCUCUCCAACACACUAUUCUACAUUGGUGGCUUCAUUGUGUCUAAGCUAGUCAAGAAACUGUCCUGUUCAUCAUGCAAAACCCGUCUUCUUGCUCAGUUUACCACGACAACCCAUGACCACAACUACUGUGCCUUAAACUUCAACGAGGUUGCCUCAGCAUUAGCCUUCACUUUAUUUGCAAACAAUGGUAAUUUACAAAUACUAUCAGACUCGGUAUAUGCAAUUGUUGAAUAUGCUGAGAAGGAUUCAAAGCAAACGCCUGCAAUAAUGACCACAAAAUUACAAGACAAGAGAGACUUAAAGAGAAACUUGUCAUGA